AUGCAAAGCCAAUCAUCAAACAAGCAAAGCUUGGCAAUUGCAAACGCUCUCAAAGAUAAACUUGCCUCUGGUGAAUCUAUCGUUCAAAGACAAGCAAUCAAUGGUCUUUAUGUGGAAAUUAAAAAUCCAAACACUCCUGCUUCUAUGGCUAAUGAUAUUGUUCAAUUGCUCAUCACAAAUAUUCGGAACAAGAAAUCAAAUAGAACAAUAGCAACAACAUGUUUGGAUGUCAUUGUUAAAAUAUUCACCGAGUUGGAUAUUAAAGCUCAUCAACAAAUUAAAGAUAUACCAGUUCAAAACGUAAUGGAUCAAUUGAUCAAAUUUUCAAUCCAAAUUCAUCCAGCACUCAUCCCACAUUUAACACGUUCAAUUUUAAAUAUUUAUCUAGGAAAAUUUAAUGAUGGUGUUGUUAAUCACAAACAAUCAAAGGAGCCAUCAAAAUUAUGUUCACUUUUAACCUCAUCAUCAGCAGGUUCUCCUCUAGUAAUGCUCGUUCAAAAUAGAAACGAAUGUCUUGUUGAAAUAUUGAACCAAGUAUUCACUAGUUUGACAAGAUCAGAUUCUCAUCAAUUUUCUAAAUUAUUCAGAUUUUUCUCUCCACUUUUUGCUCACUUCUUCACUAACAGAAAAUUAAUCCACGAAGAAGGACAACAAGAUUUACCAACUAAUUUAUCAAGUAAUAUUGUAUCAUCACAAGACGAUCUCUUUGCAGAGAAUGACGAGGACAGCACACCAAUCAAUCAAAUGAGGGGUACCCUAUUGAGAAAUGAUAUUAUGAAUGCCACCCAUCUCAAAAUGAAGUUAUUGAACGAGUUGAAAGCAAUAAUUCUUUAUAAGAUAGAAAAAUCAUACUCACUUCAAGCAUCCGAUUCAGACAGUGACAAGAAAUUAAGAGCCAAUCUCAUCAAACAAGGUUAUUCAAUAGUUUUAUAUCUUGUUCACUUUUUACCUUCCUUUGAAGUUGAUUUGAAUUCUGAUGUGGUAGCAUCUUGCUUUGCUCCUUUGAAAAUUAUUUUGGAUUUGGUUUUGCAAUUUGAAGAAAUUUUUGCUACUAUAGAAGAGGAAGAAGCAGAAUUUUGUGAAGAUUACUUGUCACAUAUUGGUAAUGAGUUUGAGCAAAUAUCUCUUAUUAGAUCUAUGGUUUACAGAUAUAUAAUGUCAAUUUAUAAGGAGAUUACCCAUUAUCAAAUUGAUAUUGAAAUGUAUUUUAAUUAUUUAUUUGAUAUUUGUAAGAAUAGUUUGGAGCAUUUUGUUGAGUUUAUUCCUAUUAUUUGUAAUUCAAUUUUAUCUUCAGAGACAGAACUAGAGUCAGAUUCAUGGCUCAAGGUUCUCAAACAACUCGUAUUCUUACUUGUUGAGAAUGAGGAAAGUUUCGAAGAAUUUUUCGACUCUUUAAAUUCUCAACAUAGAGAAAGUGCAUUUUCUAAAUGUUCUCAUCUAGUUGUAGUUUGUUCCAACUUGCUAUACUCCCUUACAGUAUUAUUGCACGUUGUAACAAGUGGAUUGUCGAGUGAAAACAAAACUCUUGCAUCUGUAUGCAUUCAAAAAAUCGAGCAAUAUUUGGCUGACAAGUUUACAAAUGAACAAGAAAUGGAAGAAGAAGAAGAAGUGGAAGAAGUAACAUCACAACAAGAUGCCACAUUCGGUAAAUUAUUUGACAUUCUCCCAAUUUUCCAAAGAUAUGACCUUUCUUUACUCUCUUGCCAUUAUAGACUGGUUGGUAAAAUGCUUUCAUCAUCUGGUGAUAGGGUAAAUGUACGGGCUGAAUAUUGUGCACAAUGGAGCUCUUCACUUCCCUCACUACUCUCCAAAGACUCUAAAACGAUAUACUCUGCAACAGGGUUGUGCUGCUCUAUUGGAAUGGUAUUGAUACUAUCUAGAAAUCAAUUCACUCCCAGUGAUUCUCUCCGUACAGUAAUAUUAAGUGCCAUUGAAUCAAUCACAUCAGACAUUCUUUCCUUGAAGGGAGGAUUACUCUUACAACCACUGAUUUUCUAUGAAUUACCAAAGGAGGAAAAUCCUUCAUUCAAAACUUCAAUGAUGCAACUACUUCCAAAGUUGGGUACCAAGAAUGAUAUUAACGUUACUCCAAUUGUGAAACUAUUAACCAACAUGACAUUUAAUAAGGAUUUACUUCCAACAGUUUUGAGAUUAUUCACAGAGCUUUGGAAACAAAACGAAAAGUUCUUUACCAAGCUUAAGGGAUUCUUAUUCUCAUUUUCCAAAUACAUACAAAGUGAUUCGAAUACCCAAAUUGUACAAGUUGAUAAUUAUGAUCAUUUGAAUAACUUUGAUUUGGAGACGAGACUUGCAAUAUCAUGCUCAGUUUAUGAAAUUUGCAGUAGAAAAAUUGAGAAGGGAGCAGAGUUAUUACCUCUUGUAACUAGAAUUUUAUGUCAGGAAAAUAACUCUCAAGUGCUCUGUUAUGCCUUAAAGUCAAUGGCUAUUCUUACUAGGAAUAGAGUGGUUGAUUUUUAUACAGUUUGGUACAAGGUAAUCAGACAAAACAUUGUCAAUAAUUCCAAACAAAGUGCUGAUGUUCUCAGAGAAAUGUGCUUACUUUUCCAAUGCACUGUUGAACCAAUUUCGUAUGAAAGUUUAACAGAUCAUCAAAAGAAGGCAAAGGAAGAGGAUGAAUACAAUUUAUUUGUCGACUUUGAAUCAAUCUACAAGAAUGAGGUUAAGGAAAUUAUGGAUAUUUUGUGGAUACAUACAAUGGAUUCUGAUGAAAGUGUAAGAUGUGCUGCCUUUGAAACACUUGGCAUGUAUCCACUUCAUACCUUGCUCUAUGCUUUCAAGGAGGAAGAAAGUGACGAUGAACAAGAACCACAACCAGUUGGAUCAGAAGUUCUAGAUCAGAGAGAGGAGAAUAUUUUUGCUAAACAAGAAAUAAGAAGAGGAUGGUUAUUACUUUUGUGUGAAGCUUUGAUUAAGAGACUUCAAAAGGAAACCUCUUUACGUGUGCUCACUUCAGCCACACCAAUCAUUCAAUAUAUUUUGAAGGCUGAACUGAGAAAACCAAAGAAUACUUCUAUUGUUUCAAAGGAUAAGAAGGCUAGCUCGCAAUCUAUUGGAUUAACAUCAUUCGAUAAGUUUGACUCACUUGCUGAUUUUGCUGUAAAACAGUUCGAAAGUAAGAAGAAUAUGCAAGUAACUGCUAGUGCUGUUUUAUGGCAAGGUAAUUUGGCCAAGGUGAAGACACCAAUACCAGAGACAGAGGCAUUCAAACGUCUCUUGAAUGAUUUAGCAAUGGAUAUUGUUGUUGGAAGUAGUCCAGAAGACUUCUUCUCUCAACUCAUCCUCACUCAAGGAUUUUACUCUCUCGCAAGAGAUUACUACAAUAUAGCUGUAGAAACUUCAAGAGAAAAGGAAUCACAAACCCACUUUGAUACUGCUUUUGAGACAACAUUUUCCACAAUCAAGACUAGUAUUGAACAAAGUUCCGUUCCUUCCACAACAGGAAAUUACAUUCUGGCAAUGGCUGGUUUGUGUCUUGCAUUGCCAAUUAACGCACAUCAUCAUGUUCUCAAGAUAAUUGAAAUUGUCAAGAAGAAAUUGAGUUCUUCAUUAGAGGCUCAAGAAGAUGUCAAAUAUGCUUGUAAUAUGGUACUUGCAAGUGCAUCUUUUGAACUUCAUAUUUUCUCUCAAUUAUUUGAUUUGUCUUCCCUUCUCAUUGCUCAACUUCACUCAAUGAUUAAUGAAAAUUCAACUCAUGAUGUUUCUUCUGCAUCUUCCGCAAUUUCUUUGGGUGUUAUUGCAAGAAAUUUAUGUCUUUCUAAGACAGAUAAUUAUGAAAAGGGUCUCUACUUGUUAAGACAUAUUGCUAACAACUUGUUUAGUUUGUGUUUCAAGACUGAGAGACAAUUGUUCGAGAUUACUGAGGAUUUGUCAAGUCACAAAACAGCUUUCAAGAAUGUUUCUAAAGCUAAUUUGAAUUGGAAACAAAAAUCUAAUCUAUUGUUUGGUAUUGUUCAGGUAGCCGAUACACUAGUAAGAGUUGGUGAGGAAGAAAAAGCCAAACUAAUUUUACAAGAAUUGAAGAAGGAAAAAUCCAUUAUUGAUGACUUUACUAAGGAUCCAAAAAGUGUCGAUUCUGCAAUCUUGGAUCUUUGUGUUCCAAGUUGUAUGAUUAUUGGUCAACUUGUUCUCUCAUUCUAUCAUGAUGGAUCUUUUGGUGCUGAAGAAGUGAUUGAGUAUCUUCAAAUGUAUGAAGAACUUUUCAACAAACUACAAGGAAAGAGUUUGGCUGUCUAUUUGAAAUUGUACAUGUAUACCAGUAUUGGAUAUGGUACACUUUUAUUUGGAGCUUUAUGUGAAACUAUUAGAAAGGGAGAGGAGGAAACAGAACACGGUAAACAAUUCCGUAGAUUAUAUCUAGAGAAGUUUGCCAACUUGAUUCAACAAUACGAAGAUGAGUAUGCCGAGAGUGAUCUUUCUCAAUACCAAAUCGGAACCUUAUUAUUUAUUGCUUGUUUGUUGGGUGCUGACCUCUAUACUCCAAUUACCAAAUCAAAGGUUGAUGAUAGUGAUGUUUUUGGUUUGAAUUCUUCUGAGAAGAGACCUCUUUCAAUUGCUACGUUAAGAAGCAUCUUCUUUAACAAGGUGCUCAUGCCAAAGAAUUCUGUUAAAAAGCUAGCUGGCAGAGCUAUUGAUAUUUUCAAGAGUUCAAGUACCGAGCCAAAACUUUCUAUCAAGGUAAGAAAGUAUGCAUCCUUCUUUGUAGGCAUGUUCAGUAGCAUUUAUAGAACUGAUGACAAUAUUCUUGAAAGCUCAGACAGAAUUCCAGUCAAAUAUUUGAGUGAAAGUGGACUCGUCAUUUAUUUGGUACAAAAAUUGACAAAGGAAGAUUCAACAGUUGACUUGUUGAGAGAAAAUAUUUCUCUUCAUAAUUUGCUAUUGACAGAAAAGUUACCAAAGAUUACUUGGUCUAAAGUAAUUCAGAAUGUUUUCAGACUUUCAACAUCAAGCAAUGAAGAUAUUGCACACGAGGUACAAAAGAAUUGUAUCAGAAUGUUCUGCAAGGAUGCUCAAGGAACAACCUCCUCAUCCAAUAGUAUUAGUGCCAUAUCCAGUUUGUGUGAAAGCCAUUCUUUCCUCUCUCUGUCUCAUACAGUCCAAAUGGAGUUUGCAGAAAUAUUCCCACAAUUGAUUGCCAUAUUCCCUCCAUCCAGAACAUGUUCUCUCAUUGAUGAUUGGGUGAAACAUACUUUCACCACCAGAGAACUAGAUGAAAGAAUUUUAUUUACUGCUCUCAGAAAGAUUUCCAAAUGUGAAGUCAAGAGUAAUAUGCAAAAUGUAAAGAAGUACGUAGAGGAAGAAAUUUUGGAAAUUAUCGAAUCACAAAUGGCCUCUUUACUUUCAGAGAAUAAGGAAAGCCUAAUCAAUAUUCUGAAUAAGAAUGAAGGUUCUUCCUUGGAUCCAUUCACUGUAAAUAUUUCAGUACAAUCCGGAAAGCGUGUUUUAGAUAUGGUGGAGCUUUUUUCAAGAGUUUUUAUUGAAAAUCGUUUGGAAAGCCACAAACUUUUAACUCAAAAUACUCUCAGUGAGGAUUCCAAUAGAAUGCUGCUCAAUUUGUUGCUUAGAUGCCAAUAUACCAAGAUCACUAAUGAUAUUUCCACUCUUAAGAUUGUAAGACAAGUUGCAGUUAAGGGAUUUACUAAUCAAGAUUCUCAACAACAUGUUGACAAUAUCCUUUCAUCUAUUUUAACUUGGAUUAUAUCAGAAAUUCUUUCAAAGGGAGAUGCUAUUUCUUCUUCAAAUAAGUGCAAAUUCAUUCAAGAUACUAUUGAUAUGCUUUCAUUUGUAUUUAACGAUUUAGAAUCAGUUUACUUUGGAUCCUCAACUAACAAGAUUCCAUUCGCUUUGGAAAAUUUGAGAAGAGCCCUAUUAUUCCUCUCAAGUAACUCACUCAUUCUUGGAGCUACAGAUAUUUAUGCCAUUCAUCAUUCACAUGAUUUGUUCUUCUCCAACAAUCCAAUAGAAAUUGAUUCUGAAUAUUUGAACAUGAAUUUAUUAAUCCAUGGACUUGCCUCCUCAUUCAAGAAUAGACACUUUGAUUAUAGUACAGAACACAGUUUAAUGUCUAGAUUGUACUCUGUUUUGGCCAACUUUACAGUAGCCUCAAAUAAUAACGAUAAGGUCAAACAAAAUAAUUCCAAAUAUGAAUUAUCCAAAAAGACUCUCGAAAGAUUACUAUUCCAAUUUAUUGUUCCACUCUUGAUUCAAAUCAAAGUUUUUAGAGAAGAUCAAAAUGUUUCACUCACACAAGUAAGCACAAUUUUGGAGCAUCAUGCCCUUAAGAUUUGUACCAAAUUACAACAACAUUGAGUUAGUUGGAAAUUCAAAUAAAUAAUUCAAUUCGCAA